AUGAACCAGAAGAUAGGAUAUGGAGACCCGAUGGAGAACAGCUAUCAAUUUGGGGCACUUUGUUCGGCAUUUUGUUCAUCAUAUCAACGAUCUGUUGCAUUCAAUGUUGUUGUGGUCAACGCACAGAAUCUCAAGAAAGCCAUUCAAACACUACAAACACUAUCACUGCUACAAAUGAGGUCGACUCCAAAGAAGGGAGAUUCAUAA